UGUUUGAAGCGCUUGCGAAUAGCGGGGCCUGACUGAGUGAGAACCAACGCGGAAGAGUGGGAGUGGGAAUAUUCAACCUACCAUCCUUUGUUUACCAUUAUGAGUGAAUCCUGAAUUUGGUUGCAACAACACCCACAUGCCCUUAAUGUUGUUUCUUAUAUGUGCUUAACAGAAGCUUAAGCGCACAUAGUGUUGUCGGCACAAAAUCAUAAAGCUGAGUCUGCACCGUGCUGUGCCACAUUGAGCCUGAAGAGGGCGAUGUCUGACAACAGCAACAGCAACAGCACAGGCAGCAGUAGCUCCUCGACCAACAGCUGGACCCUCCUCUCCCCCGAGGAAGCUGCUGUUGAGAAUGUCGGGCCAGUAGAUGACGGCACUGAGAGCCUGGGUGACGUCCCGAGUCUCUCUGAGGACUUGACAGGAGCUGCUUUAAGUGACAUUCCAGUAGAAACUGUGCUGUCUGAAGAAGGCCAUCAGGUGUGUCAAGAGACCUCUCCAGACCCCAGCGAAAGUCCCAUCCCAUCUAGUCCAACCCGGAUGAGUCCUCUCCCACCCAACCUUCUUGAUCCUCCAGACCUCGACCUGGAGAGCCAGCCUCCGGUCAUCCAUGACAUUGUAACCAGCUCCCCCAGUGACAACGAGCACCUAGGAGCCACACCCUUUGUCACCAACAUUGAUCUGAGGGCUCCACUCGAUAUUCCUGCUGCUGAACUCCUGACAGCUGAGCCUGACGAUUUCUGUGCCGCUGCCCCCCUGACUGAGAUCACUUCCUCUACAGAAGAAGUGCCUGACUCGCCUGCUGAUAUCAGGCUGAUUCCUGCCAGGGAGAGUCCUGUCUUCACUGCUGAACCUGAGGUCAGCAUCCCCACAGAGACCCUUACAGCCACUGAUCCUCCAUCUCCUGUUGAAGAUGACAUCAGCCUCGUUCCAGAGAGCACAGAGCCGCCAAGCCAAGUCCCAGUCCCAGAGAGACUGGUGACAGAAAGCCCCAUCAAUGAUAGUCCUGCACCAGAGACUGUUGGUUCAGUAGAGUGGGAGGAGGAGGUGGAGGAGGAAGAGGCGGCAGCUGUGGAGUUUGAUCCAUCUGAGACCCAGUAUGAGAGAGAAGAGGAAGUAGAAGAAGAAGAACCAUCCAGCAGCUUUGAUGACGGAUUGAGGAGGAGGAAUGUUCCCUCCUUCGAGGCGCUAAGACCAAGAACAUCAGAUGAGGAUGAUGAGGAAGAGGAAGUGGAGUUCAAGCUGGCUAAGAAGAAGGAGGAAAAGCCAUUGUUAUCCUUGAACAAAUGCAUUGUGGGUUCUCUGAUCCUGCUCUUCUUAGGUUCCCUCUUCCUCUCAGGUUUCCUCUCUGACCUGAAUCAUGGUGACUUUGACGCCUCUGAACUGAGUGAUGUAGAACAAAUCCAGGACUGGCUUAGCAAUGAUCCACAGGAUAUGAAAGAGCUAUUGGAUAAACUGACUCAGGAAAACCAGCAAAUUUCUCAGCUAGAGGCUCAACUACAGUCUCAGAAAGAAGAACUCGACUCAGCACUGAAGGCCGUAGCAGCAAGCGGUGAUGAAAAGGGUGAAGCAGAUCUGGAAAAAGAAAACAUAAAGCUGAAGGAGGACCUGUCAUCUCUGCCUGAGCUGAAGAAAGAGCUGGAGAGUCUGAGGUCCAGGGUGACCGAACUGAGCCAGCUCACAGCUGAUCAGGAAAGGCCCCCCACUACCUCAAGCUCAGCCCCUCAGCCUCGUGACAAAGAUGAUCAGAGUAGCCACAAAGCAGCUGGACCUGAGAUGAAGAAGGACACAAAUGAGGGAGGAAGGCUGAAGGAAGAACUCCAGAGGCAGAAAGUUCUUCUAGAGGAGAGCAAGAAGAGACUGCAAGGGAUGAAGAAAAAUGGAGGCGACAGAAAACGAGUGAGGGAUAGUUUGGAGGAGAUCCAGAAGAGGCUUUCUGAACAAGUUGAGAGGUGGGGUAAGAAGAAGCCACAGGAGUCCAAAUGGAAAGGGAACAAGGGCAAAAACAACGAGCGAGACAGCUGGAAGAAAGACGAAAAGAAAGAGUGGAAGCAUAGCAAAGAGGGAGGCUGGAGAGACAAAGACGAGAAGAAGGACAAGGAGUGGAAGUCUCAGAAGCAAAACUCUCACAAAGAGGCGUGGAGGAAACACCAGGACGAGUGGGAGGGGAAGAAGGACGAGCGCAGGAUGGACAGAGAGGAUAGGAGGAAGGAGAAACCGUGGCACGGCGGGCCAGGUAAGAACUCCCACAACCAUCAUCAGCACCAGCAUCAGCACCACCAGCCCCGUCAGCCUCAUCAGUACAAGCACAGCGACUUCUGGAGAGACCAGGAGCAGAAGCUCAGACGCAACGUCCGCCCCCAGCUGGGCUGCAGCUCUGUGGAGGACUGCGCCAGCAAGCAAGGGCUCUACCCAGUGGAGCUGCCCGAGUUUGAGGAGCUACUGGAGGGAUACCUGAGCAAGCUCGAAGGAUCCUCACCUGAGAGCAAAGACAAGAUCAGGAAGCUGACCGCAGAGUUCUUUGAGGACGGCGGGUUUAUCCACGACAGGGUUCUCUUCAGUGACUUUGCUGAGGACGUGGCAGACAUUCUGGAGGACAUGGUGGACGUUUUGGAGGGCGGUGGGCAGAAGAACGACGACUCCCUGGAGGAGGAGAUGGAGGAGUUCGAACGAGAAGCCCUGUGGAAGUUUGCCGCCACAGCUUAAAUAGACAAAGAGGGGGAAAAGGAGUGAAAUACAACGCUAAGAUACAGCACAAGUGGAUGGUUUUAUAGGACAUUUCUUGCCUACAUUCUCCUCUUCAGAGCUGUAAUUGUAGUAGCUUCUGGUACAGAGUGGUCGUGCCUCUCAUAAAUGUGUCCCUCUGAGUCUUUAAUUAUAAGCUAGACUUGUUGUCAUUUUGGACUUAGUUGUUGUUACCUACCUCUGUCAGGUCAUGCCUCCUAAUGCAAAGUCCUUCAGUAAUGUGUUGUGUGGAUUUUCCUCUGCUGUAUAGUGUUUUCUCAAUACGUAGUGCAUGUCGCAGUUCAUCAUGUAAAUUCAAACGGAUUAUAUUCAGAUCACACAAAAAAAACUGGGCUUUAAUGAGAUGGUAUUUGCAACAAAAAAAAAACAAUUCUGUUGAGCACCAUUGCAAUGGUUAAAGAUACUCUUACAAUUCAUAUAGUGUUGUAUAAGUCUGUCAGUUACAGAAAGACGUGUUGAAUACUUCUCUGUCAUUGGACUGGGCGAAAACAACCCGCCACUUCUCCGAGCAGGUUUAAACAAAUGCUGAGAAUUCUUUGCAGAUAGUAUUUGCCUCAAAUCAGGUGUAGCUGUCCAAUCCCAGAGGAUGAGAUCCCGGUUCUUUCAGUGAUAAGAAUCAGAUCAGGUCAGACCAGUUUUGUGUCAGCAGCUCUUAAGUAAAUAAGAGCAAACAGAGUGCAGUUUGAGAGCCCUGAGCGUUUCUUUUCUGCUUUUGACUUUUCAUCCUGCAACUCCCAACUGUCAGUUGACAGCAGAUGUGCUGAACAACCAGGAACCGGUUUGUGAGCUGCUUAAAAAAACAAAAAGCAAUAUGACAAAGUGAUAGCCGUAGCUAAAUUUAUGACUGCUAAACCACUUUAGCACUUUUAAAAAACAUUCACAUUUACAGCAAAGUCUAUUUUCUCUAUUGUGUUUUUUUUUUUAGACCAUUAGUGCUCUUUAGUAGUUCUUGUAAUGUAGCCAUGGGGACCUCCAACACAUGAUCGACAUAUACUGGAUAUCCCAGAGCUUUCAGAGUCAAAAGUUAGUUCGAGUUAUUGUGCCGUAAAUGAGAUUGGCAACCAUCCCGUAUAUAUUUUUCAUUGUCCUCUUAUUUUGUUAGCAGGUUUAUGUUAACUGACAUGCACACAAGUGAUACAGUAACAUUUCAAGAUAAUGGCAAAAUGAGGAAGCUGCUGCAUUUAGUUUUUCAAUUUUAAGUUGAACGAGCCAGGCAUAAGACACAAAGCAAACUCCGUCAAGUAUUGCAGAAACUGCUUUCCAGUGUUUGAGAAAGAAUAAUGAUUGGUGUUUUUUUGGUUUCAGUGUUUGAUUCUAGUCACAUUUGAUCAUGACGUUUUCCCUCUAGGUAGAUGUGAAGUUAAAAGUCGACAGAUUGUGAUUGUUGGUUCUCAUUUUUCAGUCAUUUAAAGAAGCUUUGGAGUGUUUCGUGUUUAUUUAUUCUGUCAGUACACUGCAGCUCUUUUCCUUCUUUUUAACGAGACUUUGUCCGAGGCCAUACACGUUGAAUGUCGAAUUUGUGACGAUUUCAGUUACUUUGGUUUUCAGAGAUUUAGUUUGCCAGCUACUGCUUACGUGCCUUUAAUAUUAUGAAUAUCUUAGAUUGGACAAGAGGUCUUGGAUUUAAUUUGCUUCUGCAAGAUUAAGAAGAAAAGUUUACACUGCUUGCAGUCUGACGGCUGUUUAUACGGCAGAGAAUGAAUGUCAAAGGGUUUACACAUGAAGUGUUGAAUGAAUUUGUGUUAAACGUUCUCUGCUGUUUGCACAGAGGAGCUUUUUAUUUUUUAAAGUUUUUAGACCAAAGGGAUUGGAAGAAAGCUUAAUUUCAACAGUUGAAUCCUUUAAUGAAACACAUUUAUGAACGUUUAAUCAAUAUUUGAGAAGUGUUUUCUGUGUUUGUGGGACAACAGUAGGGCUAUGUGCUUAGUGCUAAUGUAGGAACUGGCUCAGAUGUGCAUGUAAUUGAUCCCUGGACAAAUGUAUUGAAAAAUUUGGAUCCUUUUUAAUUUCAUUCGUCAUCUGUUAUGUCCUCUUUUAGGAAGUCGGUGUUAAGUUCAAUAAAGUUUUCACCAGUAAAUAUGUAAA